UUUCUUGAAAGACACAUAGUUCCGUUUCACAUGCCGGUGCAUUGGAAUGAGGAUUUAGAGGAUUACUACGAGACCUUCACCGGGAAACCGGUCGUUCCUUGUUACGAGAAAUUUUGCGACGCAGCGGCGAAUCUGGGGAUAAAGGUGAAUCAGUUGUUGAAGCACCGUAUGCAUUGCAAAAGUAUCGUACUAGUAUAAAUCGCAUGACAAAUUUUUUCAAGAAGAAAGUUGGAACUUGUAAUGCAGAUUCAGGUAGGAAACUAACCAGAUUUGUCAUGCAUGCCUGCAAUUGGUUCAUACGAGUGCGAUGCUUUUGCAGUGGAUACACCGCGCGAAGGAAGUCGGGAGAUGUUGCAAACUGUUCAACCUGUUAGACGAAAGAGCAGGUACUUGGUUGCGCAAGAUUCAUCACCAGAUUUUUUCAGGUCAGCCACGAGCUCGUGAGGGAUGAUAAAAAUUGGAGGAUUGAUGUCAUGCAACACUGCUGGACGAUAAUGAAAUUUUUAUUUUUCCUGCUACGAAAAAUGACCCCUUUGCCUUUCAACUACAGAUACUCCGACAGAGGACUGUUGUGGACAAGGAGUUGUGAGUCGCUUGUAGCGAAAGCCUCUGGUGAACCAAAAUGAUUCUUUUCUGCUGACG